UUUCGCAAAUUCAAAAUGAACACUAGAAGCGGAAGAGAAGUAAAAGCUGUCGGAGAAUCUGAAGGAAAGAAGGGUGCUUUAGCUAGCUUAGCCAAGCUUAGAAAAGGAGGCGGUCGUAGACUGGACGAAUACCAAGCUGAGCAUGAUGCAAACAACAAAAAUAUUAUUGAGGAGCUCAAUGACGAAGAAUACAAUGCACUUCAAGAAGAGAGGAGGCAAAAUGACUUCAUUGUGGGAGAUGGAGAUGCAGAUGGAUACAAAGAUCAUGGUGGAGAAAUCUGGGAAGAUGAUGAAGAAGAGGUAGCCAAAAAGACUAAAGAAAAAGCUAACAAAGCCCUCCCUGGAUUCUUCUUAAAAUCUAACAAAGAUUCUAAGGCUAAGAAGCCAACCAUUUCUCAUAAGAAAGCAGCUGUCUCUAAUGAGAAGAGUAGUGCAAUGAUGGAUAACUUACUCAAAAAGUUAGAUAAUGAUCAAGAUGACGAUAUAAUUGGCGGAAAAUAUGAGCCUGAAGAAAAUGAGAAUGCAGCCUACACUAUUCAUGACCAGUUAGAACAGAAAUAUGACGUGCUAGUUCCUAAAGCCCAAAAGGAAGAGAUAAAGCAGCCUGAGCCUGAGAUUAACCAAGAUCAAGAGAUGGAGGUUGAGCAGAAAUCAGUAGAAAAUAAGGAAAAUGACUCUCGUCGUCUUUCAAUCAACACCCCGAAAGAUGAUGAAAGUGUAGGAAAUAUGAGAGAGCCCAAGGAUGCUGACAUGGAAGAUGAUAUGAUUGACAACUCAAAGUCCACCCCAUCAUACUCAAUGGCUAUUGGAGAUAGGAAUAUCCCUACCGAAAAAGAUGGAAACCUCAGAUUCUUCUUGAUCGACGCUCAUGAAGAGUACAGUAGACAAAGAGAAGCCUUCCUCUAUGGAAAAAUAUUCGACUCUAGCAGGAAAGAAUACAGAAGUCUUUGUAUGAGAGUCCAAGGUAUCGAAAGAGUAAUGUUCGUCGUUCCAAAGGAAGAUGUGGCUCCUACAGAAGUUAUCCAAGAGAUUAAAGAUAUGCUAAAUCGCAGAAAAAUAAAGAACUAUAGAAUGAGGCCUGUAGAAAAGGAGUACUGCUUUGAAAUGCCAGCAGUUAGAGGCACCUCCAACUAUAUAGAAGUAAGAUAUUCAACUGAGUAUGACCCUCUACCUCAUCACAUAAAGGGAAAGACAUACAGCCACAUUUUUGGAAAGAACACUAGUAUACUGGAGCUCCUUCUAGUUAGUAAGAAAGUAAUGGGGCCAAGAUGGAUUACUAUUACAAGAUUCAAAGAAGUCACAGACUACAAGACCAGUUGGUGUGCUCAUGAGAUUACUGUUGAUAGCCCUAAAGCCCUUGAAUGUCGUACAGAGGAUAGGAACAGACCUUCUCCUCCUUUGAAAGUAAUGACAGUUGCUAUGAAAUACUACAAGAACAAUUUCAAGGUCAAUGAAAUUUGCAUGAUUUCUUGCCUCAUGAAUGACAAAGUGAAAUGUGAUGGGCAAACUGCAAACCCUCAAAAUAACAACAGAGCUUUCUCUCUUGUAAGAAAAAUGGAUAGGCUUCCAUACCCUCAAAACUUUACUGAACAGAGCAAGCACAGAAAAGUUCCAUGCAGUUCAUUUGAUAGUGAGAAGAUGAUGCUCGAGAAUUUUGUCACAAGAAUAGAGAAAUAUGACCCAGAUAUGAUCGUCGGACAUGAACUCUGUCAAGGAAUUUUCGGUACUCUCAUGGACAGAAUGGUGAAACUCAGAGUCGGGAUGUGGUCAAAAAUGGGAAGAUACAAAAAGAGUAUUAUUCCAAAGUCUAGCAAGAAAGACGGAGUUGCUUAUGGAGGAUAUUACCUAAUCAGACAAUGCACCAUCGGAAGACUUGUGUGAGACACUUUCCUCACUGCAAAAGAGCUGGUCAGAGAGAUUAAUUACACUCUUACAGAUUUAGCUAGAACUCAGCUUGGCUUCAAAAGACUUGAUUUUGAUUAUUCUAUGCUGAAAGAAUUUUACAAAAAGAAGGCAAAGGAUCUCUUGGGUGUAGUUCAGCAUACCGAGAAUGAUGCUGAUUUGACUCAGAAGUUAUUAUUCAAACUCGCUAUUAUUCCUCUAACUAAGCAACUCACAAAUAUUGCGGGAAAUCUCUGGUACAGAUCUCUUCAAAAUGCAAGAGCUGAGAGAAACGAGUGGCUGUUAGUUCAUGAGUUUACUGCAAAGAAUUUCAUUUGCCCAGAUAAAGAAGUGGGCAAGAAGUUCUAUAAUGAAGAAGAAAAGAGUAAAAAUGCCAAUCCAAAUAAGAGAAAGAAGGCAGCUUAUGAAGGAGGACUUGUAUUGGAGCCAAAGCCAGGACUUUAUGAUAAAAUUGUACUGUUACUUGAUUUCAACUCUCUUUAUCCUUCAAUUAUUCAAGAGUAUGACUUGUGCUUCACUACUGUUGACAGGCCAAUUACUCACAACUUCGAUGGACAAGAAGUAAAUGAUGCUUGUAUUGAUGAAGUUGAUGUUCCAGACACCAGCAGAGAUAGAAAAGCAGUGCUUCCUUCAAUUCUUGAAAUGCUAGUUAAAAGAAGAAAGGAUGUCAAGAAUGAGAUUAAAAGAGAAAAAGAUCAAGAAAGACUUGACCAACUUGAUAUUAAACAGAAAGCUUUCAAGCUGACUGCCAACUCCAUGUACGGAUGUUUAGGAUUCUCAAGCUCAAGAUUCUAUGCGAAGGCAAUUGCUGCUCUUAUCACCAGAAAAGGAAGACAUGCCUUGGAAGAUACAGUCAAAAUCACUACUGAGAACCUUAACUAUAAUGUAAUCUAUGGAGAUACAGAUUCCGUCAUGAUCUACUCUGGAAUUGACGACCUUAAAGAAGCCAUCAAGAUCGGAGGAGAGAUCAAGAAAGAAGUCAAUAGGAAAUACAAAUGCCUAGAAAUUGAGAUUGACGGUGUGUUCAGGUCUCUUCUCUUGCUUAAGAAGAAAAAGUAUGCUGCUCUUGUGUAUACCGACUUGAAUGAUCCCAACUCUUUUAAUAAGAAGGAGGUUAAGGGACUUGAUAUGGUCAGAAGAGAUUGGUGUCCUCUCUCAAAGAGUAUUGGAAACUACGUCCUCAAGGAAAUCCUGUCAUCAAACACUCAGGAUCAGAUUCAGAUUAAUCUCAGAGCAUAUUUUGGCAAUAUUUCAGUCAAGUUAAAGGAAAAUCAAAUAUCUCUCAAAGAAUUCUUGAUCACAAAGCAAGUUACGAAAGACAUCAGCAAAUAUGAGAAGGGUCAGACUAUUCCUCACAUUGUAAUUGCCAUGAGAAUGAAAGAUAAGUUAGGAAAAAGUGAUAAUGAGCUGAUCAAUACCUUCAUUCCCUAUGUCAUCUGUAAAGGACCUGAAAAGAAUGCUGCCCAGAGAGCAUACACUCCUGAUGAGUUUUUGAAAUCAAAUGGAGAGCUUGAGCUAGAUAUCGAUUGGUACUUGUCUCAGCAAAUCUACCCUCCUAUUUCUAGAUUGAUAGAGCAUAUUGAAGGAAUUGAUGCUAGAUUCAUCUGUGAAUGCUUUGGUCUUAAUCCUAAGAAGCAUAAUAUCGUGUCUAGUGUAAACAACAACACUGAAAAAGAUGCAACCUUCGAACAGAAGUUUCUUGAUGUAGCCCAGAAUAAGGAUAAUCUUGAGAAAUACAAAGGAUUGACUAAAUAUCCACUUAAAUACAGAAAACCAGGAACUGAUGAUGAGAUGAAAGAUUUUGAGGGUCUUCUUCAUCAAAGAAGUAGUAAAUUAAAAGGAUUCAUCCCUGGGAUUGUUGAUUUUGAUCCUAACUCACUAGACAAAAAGGAUAUGAAUACACUCCCUGCUUCUUAUAUUGCUAACAGAAUCAAGCUCAUCAUGAAAAAGAUGCUGAAAGAUUACUAUGAGCCUACCUAUACAUGUGGAGAGUCUGGGUGUAACUGGAGCGGUAAAACUCUCCUAAACCCUGGACAAUGUCUGAAUAAAGGAUGCAAUGGAGCUCUAAGAGCCAAGGUUCUUAGUGAGAAAGGUGUAACAGAUACAUUUAACUAUCUGGAGAGACUUUUUAAUACAGAGAAGAUCCCCAAGGUUAGUGCAGAACAGUCAAAGCAAAUCAAAGAUGCUCUUGAACCGUACAAGCCAAUUUACAACAAGCUCUUCAGCUUAGUCACUCAUGCUAGAUCAUUUAAUGGAUAUGGAAAAGUAGAUCUUGGACAUGUAUUUGGAUUUUUAAUGAAAAGAGUUGAGAAUUAGACAAACUAAAUUAAUUCUCUAGCAUAAACCACAAUAAUGAUUCAAUAAUUCU